UCUGGCUUAGCUGUCCAACACCCUUGCUCGUGACCGUGGUCUGAGGUGUUUUUCCGAGACCCUCCCCAGAUAACCUGUGUGUUUGCGGCGGGCUUCAGUCCUGCCCCUGCAGCUGUGAGCGGAACGCCGGCCCGCGGGCUGGGGCGGGUGGCCAGUGCUCCGGCCUGGGAGCUUGGCGCAAUGCCUGCUACGUGGCUGACCCUCCAUGAGCUUUUCUUGGAGGAGUAAAAAACAGAAUUGCAAGGGAGUCUCUGAGGAAACCAGAGUGACUUCUAAAUGAAGUUUAUUUCGGAAUAAUUCUACAUUUACAAAAAUGUUGCAAAGGGACAUACUAACAUCUCCGUCAUGCUGGCAACAUGCUGUCCUUCUUAACCGAUUCAAUUACCCUUUUGAACUGGAAAAGGAUUUACAUUUCAAAGGCUAUCACACACUCUUUCAAGGAUCUUUGCCCUAUUAUCCUAAAUCAGUGAAGUGUUACCUUAGCAGAAUUCCCCACCGGAUGCCUUCAGAAAGACACCAAAUUGGAAGCCUAAAAAAAUACUAUCUCCUGAAUGCUGCCUCUCUUCUUCCAGUACUGGCUCUUGAAUUAAGGGAUGGAGAGAAGGUUCUGGAUCUCUGUGCUGCCCCUGGAGGCAAAUCAGUAGCUCUGCUGCAGUGUGCUUCUCCAGGUUAUCUUCACUGUAAUGAAUAUGAUUGUCUGAGAUUGAAGUGGCUGAGGCAGACAUUAGAAUCCUUCAUCCCACAGCCUUUGGUAAAUGUAAUUAAAGUGUCUGAAUUGGAUGGCAGAGAAAUGGGAGAUGCCCAGCCUGAAACGUUUGACAAGGUGUUAGUUGAUGCUCCUUGUUCAAAUGAUCGAAGUUGGUUGUUCUCUUCUGAUUCUCAGAAGGCAGCCUCUAGGAUAAGCCAACGGAGGAAGUUGCCUGUUCUACAGAAAGAACUCUUAAGGUCUGCGAUUAAGGCGCUACGUCCUGGAGGGUUGCUUGUGUACUCUACGUGCACCCUUUCCAAGGCUGAAAAUCAGGAUGUGGUCAGGGACAUUUUAAAUUCCUGCAGUAACAUCAUGCCUGUGGACAUGAAGGAAAUGGCAAUGACUUGCUCCCAGGACUUCACAUUUGCUCCCACCGGCCAGGAAUGUGGACUCCUGGUGAUUCCAGAAAAGGGCAAAGCCUGGGGCCCAAUGUAUGUAGCCAAAUUGAAAAAAUCAUGGACUAUAUGAAAUGAGUGGUGUGAAUUUUGGAACCCUUAUCAGUGUACUAUUGUAUUUGUUUUUCUGGACUCUCUACAUGUGAACAUUUAAAUAAUUAUGGACUCAGUUUCCCUGGGUCUGUUUUGUAAUCCUAUUUAGUUACUGCUCUAGCAUCUCAGGGUUUGAUCUUGAGAUUUUCCAGGUGUAUAUUUUCCCUAGAAAGAUAUCUACAGCAAUGAUUUAAGGUGGUGCAGAUGGUGUUUGUUCUGUAUAAUAAAUCUCCUGUCUUUUACUUGGCAUUUUGCAGUUAAAUUAAUCUACGUGGUUUUGUGCAUAAGAUGUUUAGAAAUACAUCCUAUCCAUGAUGUUGGUAUUUUGAACUUUUAAAAAUGCACAUUUGUUGGCCCUCUUUUAAUUUUUGUUCUUACCAAAUAUACAGAUUCUUUCAGUUUUCCUCCUCCUUUUUCUGUAAGAACUGAUUGGUAUUCUGAGACUAACUUCUUAAGCAAUACUAUUUCUAGUUCUAGCAAAGUAAGUUUCUUAUUUGCUAAGUUGUUUUUUUGUUAAGAACUGUCUCCUGUUUACUGCAAAGGUCAGUGACUCUAUUGACACCAGCUUUAUUUCUCCCAGUUUUCUGUAUUCACACAUACAAACCGAAAGGGUAAAUUAUGUUGAAAGGCCAUGAGAACAGCAAAUUCACAUGCGCAUGUUUGACUUUCGGCAUUCAGCUUGUAGAAUAAUGGAGUCUAUCCAGCACACUAUAAAGCAAGUACUUGAAACAAAACCAAGAUGAUUAAUAACUGCAAUCACUGAACUAUAUUUGGAGUUUUGUUACAUAAUUGCAGUUAUAAUGAGCACUACAGAAUCUGAUUAUCUUACAGUUGCAAUCUGGAGGGGCUUUUUAGUUCAUUCUGUUAUGAAAUGUUAUAUGAGAACAUGAUGUCACAUAUUAAUGCACCAGAGGGAGAUGCCUGAUGAGAGUGGAUUAUCCUGUUACCAAAACCCAACACAUUUACUGAGUGGCUCUGUCUGUUUACAUAUAUCUUGGGAAUAUUGUGCACAUUUCUGUAUAUGUACUUAGGGUUUUAGUUUCAAGUUUAGAUCACGUGUUUUCUCUAGAAAUUGCUUCACUUAGAGUCCAAAUAUCUUUUUCCAACUGUUAAAAAAAGUAUGCAGCAUACUUCAAAAGAUUGUGUCUAUUUGGAAAUUAGUUUUUAAAAAUAAAUAAAUAA